AUGACACCCAUUGGUAGACCUUUUAAGUAUGUUGCGACAGUAUUUAAUGAUCCUAUAGUACAAAUUGACAGAUUAAAAUUUUUCAAGAAUUCUGAAGAAGGCAAAUUAGAUACUCCCAUGUAUGCGUUGUUAGGUUACAGUAUGAUGCAAAGCAAAUUCUGGUUCAUAUGUAAAUCAGCCUAUCGCUUUGCCAGGGAUUAUUUUAACAGAAAUAAUGUUGAUGUCGUGCUCUGUGAUCAUUUCGCUGAUGCAUGUUCGAAAGCUACUCUGUCUUUAAAGCUCCCUUUCAUCGUUACUUCUACCAUUCUUUUAAAUGAAGUAUAUAUGGUUUCACUGCUCCAUCCUGAAACUGCUGAUCGUCGUACGUCAUUUUUCAAGGCGCAUCAUCUGGAUAUUUAUGGUGCCGCUUUAUUUAUAGUCUUUGCAAUUAUUUCGGUGGUAAAAGUGUUGACCGCGUGCCUUUGUUGA